AUGUCACUUUUACUACUGGUUUUGUUAUCCUCCAUCAUUUCCAUUCAAGCUGAGACGCAGGUUUAUAACUUCAACAUUACAUGGGUUAGAGCGAACCCAGAUGGAGCGUUUGAGAGACCGACCAUUGGAAUCAACAAUAAAUGGCCUCCGCCAAUUAUCCAGACCGUUAAAGGAGAUCAAGUAAUUGUUAAUGUAGAAAACCAACUAGGUAAUCAGACAACAACGCUUCAUUUUCACGGUCUACAUCACAAUGGAACUGCAAACAUGGAUGGUGCAGCCCAGGUUACGCAAUGUGGAAUUGCACCUGGCGCUCGUUUUACUUACAACUUUACUGCAAAUCAAGCAGGCACCUAUUGGUAUCAUUCUCAUGACAAAGGCCAGUACCCCGAUGGCCUUCGAGCGCCAUUUAUUAUCACAGAUCCUGAAUCACCGUACCAGGCUGAUGAAGAAGUAAUACUAUCGGUCUCGGAUUGGUAUCACGAAGAAAUGACGACAAUUAUCCCCAGAUUUUUAGAGAAGACCAAUCCUACUGGUGCCGAACCAGUUCCGCAGGCUGCACUCAUUAACGAUACUCAGAACCUAAUGAUAUCCAUUCAACCAGAAAAAACUUAUCUCUUCCAUUUGAUUAAUAUGGGCGCUUUUGCAGGACAAUAUAUCUGGUUUGAAGGCCACAAUAUGACCGUCGUAGAAGUAGAUGGGGUGGCCACUAUUCCGGUGGAAGUAAACAGGCUGUACAUCUCAGCAGGACAAAGAUACAGCUUUCUUCUUAGAACAAAAGCAGAAAGCUCGACAAACUAUGCAUUUGUUGCAAGCAUGGAUACUGACCUAUUUGAUAUCCUUCCAGAUAAUUUGAUCUGGAACUCAACUGGCUACCUUGUGUAUGAUAAAGAAAAGCCUAUUCCUCAGCCUGCCACGGUGCAAACACUCGAUUUUUUCGAUGAUUUAAAUCUUAUUCCACUAGAUAAAAUGCCGCUAUUACCUCCUCCCGAUAAAAGCAUAGUUUUAGAUGUAAUAAUGGGUAACCUUGAAAAUGGAAGGUCAUACUCCUUUUUCAAUAACAUCACGUAUACUCAUCCAAAAGUUCCAACGCUUUACACACUUAUGUCAAGCGGUAGUUUAGCUACAGACUCUCGUAUCUACGGCCAAUUUACUCACUCAUAUAUCAUUGACCGCAUGCAGACUAUCGAAAUUGUAAUCAAUAAUCUUGAUGAUGGAAAACAUCCUUUUCAUCUACAUGGCCAUAAUUUUCAGACUCUCGUUCGGUCCGGAGAUGGGUCAGGAAAAUUUGAUCCAACCAGUGUAACUCAAGCAGAGUACCCAACCAUUCCCAUGAGACGUGAUACUGUACUCCUCCAUCCCCAUGGACACAUGGUGAUUCGAUUCCGAGCAGAUAAUCCUGGAGUCUGGAUGUUUCACUGUCAUAUUGAGUGGCACAUGGCACAGGGUUUGAGUGCCACAUUAAUUGAAGCACCCCUGGAUGUCCAAAAGCAGCUUACUAUUUCAGAAAAUCAUUUUGAUAACUGCAGGCAUCGAGGUAUUCCUAUCGCGGGUAAUGCCGCGGCAAACACAGUUGACUUGUUAAAUUUGGAUGGAGCUAAUGUGGCACCGGGACCAUUACCAGCAGGAUUUACUGACCGUGGGAUUGUUGCUAUGUCUUUCAGCUGUCUUGCUGCGAUUCUUGGACUGAUAGUAAUUUCAUGGUAUGGAUUAGCAGAUAUGGGAGAGGUUAGCAUGCAUGAAGAUCAAUCGCCAUGCGUCGGUGAGGAAGGGACAUAA